AUGCAAUCCCAGGAAGAUGAUGAGAAAGGUAAAAAGAUUGAGAAAGACAAGAAGACUGCUGAGGAAAUGAGACUACAAUCCUUAGAAACAUUUUCAGAAACCAAAAAGAGAAAAGCAGAAAAUAAUGAAGAUGAUGAGAGUUCAAAGGCCAAGAAGACAAGACGAUCAGGCUCAGAAACCCUGUUGUACCUGAAAGAAAAAGCAGAGAUUGAUAUGGAGUUCAAGAGGGAGGAGUUGGAAUUAAAGAAGAAAGAACAAGAAGAACAGUUUGAAGAACAGAUAGCAAUGAGGCAACAACAAAGUGAACUUUUGAAAUCACUCACUAAUAUGCAGCAAUCAAUGCAAUGCCAUAUGCAGCAAUCAAUGCAAUGCCAAAUGCAACAACAAGCUGAACUUCAGCAGCAGCAGAUGCAACAAAAUAAUCAAAUGAUGAUGAUGAUGAUGCAGAUGAUGCAAAGCACAAAAAAAAAUUAG